CCCGGCGGGCUGGGCAGCGCUCCCGGCACCGCCAAUCCCGGACUGUGCAGAGCUCCCGGCACCGCCAAUCCCGGACUGUGCAGAGCUCCCGGCAUCGCCAGCCCCGGAGCCGCCGGGCUGGGCAGCUCUCCCCGGCUCUGUGCAGCUCUCCCCGGCUCUGUGCAGCUCUCCCCGGCUCUGUGCAGCUCUCCCGGUAUCGCCAGCCCCGGAGCCGCCGGCCGGUCCCGCCGAUGGCACCGCGCUGCCGCCGCCAAGGAGAAAGGUGCUGACUGAAGGUGCCCUGAAGCUCUGGCUUCUCCCAGGCUCAGCAGAAUGGUGCCAGCAGCCCGAGAGCCCCCCGUGCCCCUCGCUGUGCCAAUGUGACCUGUGGCACUGAGCCUGCUGCCUGGGACCUGUGGCUCUGAGCCUGGUGGCCCCCACCACGUCCCUGCUGCCCAAAGAUGAGCGAUGGCAUGUGGAUCUCGCUCAGCCCCGCCGAGUUUGCCCAGCUGCAGCAGUACACGGACUACUCCACCAAGAAGCUCAAGGAUGUUCUGGAGGAGUUCAAUGGGGACGGCGUCCUCUCGAGGUACAACCCCGAACAGCCCAUCGACUACGAGGGCUUCUGCCUCUUCAUGAAGACCUACCUGGAGGCAGAUGUGCCCGAGGAGCUUUGCCAGCACCUCUUCACUUCCUUCAAGCGUAAGAUCUGCCAAGCCUCCCCCGAGAGCCAGCAGCAGAGCCCUGGUGUGUCCCAGCACAGCAGCCUUGGGAUCAAUGGGAAAACCCUUCGAAGUGCUCUGGGACGACACACUCCAGAGCCCAAGAGCUGCCACAGCAACACAGCUGAGCCACAGCCAGCAUCCCUCACCCUGGCAUCCAUCCCCAAUGCCUCCCCCAGCUGGUCCAGAUCAUCCUCCCAGAAAUCCACCACUGGCACCACUUCUGCUCACAACUCCUCAGGCUCUUCCAAGAUCUCCUCCGUGUCUGUGCUGAGCCCUCAGUCACCAGGCACGAGGAGCACAGAGAAGAGGUUGCCCUUCAGCCUGCGGAAAGGCCCCAGCUCCCUGAAAGCCACCCCACCUCCUCCUCCCACCCCCGUGGCCCAGGUGGUCCACCUGAAGGACAUCGUCUGCUACCUGUCCCUGCUGGAGAGGGGACGGGCAGAGGACAAGCUGGAGUUUAUGUUUCGCCUCUACGAUACCGAUGGAAAUGGUGUUCUGGACAGCUCGGAGCUGGAUCGGAUCAUCAACCAGAUGGUGCACGUGGCUGAGUACCUGGAGUGGGACUCCACUGAGCUGAAGCCUAUCCUGAAGGAUAUGAUGGAUGAGAUUGAUUACAACCACGAUGGAACCGUGACGCUGGAGGAGUGGAUCCGGGGGGGCAUGACCACCAUCCCCUUGCUGGUCCUGCUGGGGAUGGAGACAAACGUGAAGGAUGAUGGGCAGCAUGCCUGGAGGCUGAAGCACUUCAAGAAGCCUGCCUACUGCAACUUCUGCCGCACCAUGCUGCUGGGGGUCCGCAAGCAGGGCCUCUGCUGCUCCUUCUGCAAGUACACAGUCCACGAGAGGUGUGUGUCCAAAGACAUUGCUGCCUGCAUCAGCACCUACGUUAAAUCCAAGAGGAACACAAGCGUGAUGCAGCACACCUGGAUCGAGGGCAAUUCACCUGCCAAGUGUGACAGAUGUCACAAGAGCAUCAAGUGCUACCAGGGCAUCACUGGCCUGCACUGUGUCUGGUGCCAGAUCACGCUCCACAACAAGUGUGCCUCUCAUGUGAAGCCAGAGUGUGAUGGGGGCCCUCUGAGGGAUCACAUCCUGCUCCCAUCCUGUAUCUGCCCAGUUGUCCUGGACAGGCAGUCCCACUGCCGACGGUCGGAGAGUGACUCCCCUGCCAGCACCAGCCCCGAGGACAGCCAGGGCUUCAAGUUCAACUCCACCACAGUGGAUGGGCAAGGGCUGCAGAUCAGCGCUCAGCCCGGGACACACCCACUGCUCGUGUUUGUGAACCCCAAGAGCGGAGGAAGGCAAGGGGAGCGGGUGCUCCGGAAGUUUCACUACCUGCUCAACCCACGGCAGGUGUACAACCUGGACCGCGGCGGGCCCACGCCAGGGCUGAACUUCUUUCGGGACACUCCAGAUUUCCGUGUGCUGGCCUGUGGAGGGGACGGCACGGUGGGGUGGAUCCUGGACUGCAUAGAUAAGGCAAACCUGGUGAAGCACCCACCGGUGGCCGUCCUGCCCCUGGGAACGGGCAACGACCUCGCGCGGUGCCUGCGCUGGGGAGGAGGCUAUGAAGGAGGCAACCUGAUGAAGGUGCUGAAGGACAUAGAGCACAGCACAGAGGUGAUGCUGGACCGCUGGCACAUCGACAUCAUUCCUACUGACAGGGAGGCCAAUGGAGAUCCUGUCCCAUCCACUAUCAUCAACAACUACUUCUCCAUUGGGGUGGAUGCCUCCAUCGCCCACCGCUUCCACAUCAUGCGAGAAAAACACCCUGAGAAAUUCAACAGCAGGAUGAAGAACAAGCUGUGGUACUUCGAAUUCGGGACGUCAGAGACCUUUGCAGCCACCUGCAAGAAGCUCCAUGACUAUGUUGAGGUGGAGUGCGAUGGGACCCUGCUGGACCUGAGCAACACUUCCCUGGAGGGCAUUGCUGUCCUCAACAUCCCCAGCAUGUACGGGGGCUCCAACCUGUGGGGUGAGACCAAGAAGCAGCGUGGGUACAACCGGCUGGGCAAGAAGGCACCGGAGAAGCUGCCUGGCACCGUGGUCACCGAUGCCAAGGAGCUGAAGUUCUGCGUGCAGGACCUCAGCGACCAUCUCCUGGAGGUGGUGGGGCUGGAAGGAGCCAUGGAAAUGGGGCAGAUCUACACGGGGCUGAAGAGUGCAGGCAAGAGACUGGCCCAGUGUUCCUCUGUCAUCAUCAGGACAUCCAAGCUGCUGCCCAUGCAGGUGGAUGGGGAGCCCUGGAUGCAGCCAUCCUGCACCGUCAAAAUUACACAUAAAAGCCAGGUGCCCAUGCUGCUGGGCCCCCCCCAGAAGAGCAGCUUCUUUUUCCUGAAGAGGAGAAACCGAACUCGGGAUUAAAGCAUCAUCCAAGGAUCCACAGCCUGGAGACACUCAGCAUCCCCGAUGCAGGGGUCCCCAAAUCCCCAUCCUGCAGAGGGGACUGAAACUCCCCCUCCAAGCCCAGUGGGGAUUAUUUAUCCUGGGAGGGUCUUGUAGGCUCCCUCCAAUCACCAGAAGCAUCCUCUCAAGCUGGGAUGGAAGAAGGGGGAGAAGGCAGGCUGGCAUGCAGCGAGCACAUUUGCUGGAGCAGCACUAGGACUGGGAUUUUUUUCCCCCUUUAUUUAAAUACCCUCCAGCCAAGCUGCCAGUGAAUGUGCUCCUGAGGCAGCACUAAGCUCCACUUAUUUAUUUAUCAUCCUCCUGAAGACCACUUGAUGUCUCUCUGCACUGGCUUUCUGUCCCCCAAUCCUUGCAAAGGGAGGAAUUAUUUAUUUCCUUAGCCUAGGGGAGCCAUCUCAGCCACUCACCUCUGUGCUGUGGGGUUUGAGAGAUGCAAAGAACCAUUGCUGCCAGCCCAGUGAACCAUGAUACAGGCUGGGGACAGACAGUGCUCAGGGCCAAGUGUGGGGUGGGUGGGAGGAGAUUAUGUUUUUACAGGGAAAUGAC